AUGGCCCUCAAGCGUAGAGAUGUUAUUGUUGCAGGACUCGCUGCCUUCAUAGCCUGGGGCUUUGCUGCGAGCUGGUCACCCGUUCUCCGCUGGGCAGGCCAUGCCUUUGUUGCCGGCUCCUUCGUCACCCUCGUCCUUCUCUUGGCCGGCCUCUUCCUUGUCUCGAGACGCCCAAACGACCGAACCCUGCCACCGAAUGGCGUCACCUUCCUAAAUCCAAAAUCAUGGCGAUCAGAGGUGCAGGCGCUGCGCCAGCGACAAUCAUAUACUCCAACCCAAAUACAACCCGAAUCACCCCGCGUUUCUAAAGCUAUCGACGGUUUGCUCGGCCUCAUAAUCCGCGAUUUUGUUAGCAGUUGGUAUUCCAAUAUAAGUCGCAAUCCGACCUUUACGAACCAGGUCGACAAAGCUGUGCGCGAGGCGCUGCUGAGCUUGUGUGAUAUCCUACGAGAUAAGGAUCUGGCGGACCUCCUCACUAGUCGUCUUGUUCCUCUCCUCACCGCCCACUUUCGAGAUUUCUACGAAGCAGAGAAAUCAGUACGGGGGAAGAAGCUUAACCGCUCAGUUACUGAAUCCGAAGAACUCGACCUCGCUAUUGCUUCAAAAUUCCGCGAUGGACGCCUACACCCUGCUGCGUCAUUGUCGUUUCCCGAUACCAAGAUGGUUCAACAAGACUACCUGCGAUCUCUUGUCGCAAAGAUUAUGCCACAAAUUCUUCCGGAGAACAUGUUGUCUAGUCGAGCUGUCUCCAUCAUCAUUCGCGAGAUUGUUGGGUGUGCAGUGUUAUUUCCCGUGAUUCAACUUCUUUCCGAGCCCGAUACAUGGAAUCAACUAAUGGAGAAUAUGGGCCGUUCAAUGCUGCAAGACAGAUCAACAGUACGCAAGCUUCGUGCAGCUUUGGAUCAGCAUGCUCCCUCUACGCCAAAGUCCAGCAAACUAGCGUCUAUGCCUAGAGUUGCGCCAGGCGAUAGCGAGCGCAAGUUUGAAAAGUUCAUCCGUGCUAUUCGGAAGGUCAACAACCUGUCAGAUGCACGCCGUUUUCGCAGCGAAGUUGCCAGUCAACUCAAAAGGGAUUCUUCUCAGGAUAACCAGGACCAGGUCUACCUUCGUCGAUUGGAGAUGGGAAAGAGGCUACUCGAUCAACGAGUGACUCACCUUGCUGCUGGUGGUGAACGCCGUCCACCUGGGCCAUUGCCUGUACCAUCCACUUCUUCAAAGUCCAAGCUGGAAAGCGCGCCCUUGGUGGACUUCCUGAGAGAUCCUUCAGCACUUUCCUAUUUUAUGGAAUACAUGGAUCGUCAAAAUCUGAUGCCCUUGGUACAGUUCUGGCUUGUUGUCGACGGUUUCCGAAGCCCCCUGGAGGAAGAUGGCCCGGACGAUGAGCUGCCAUCGACGCUCCCUAUGUGGACUGACGCGGAUCGUCAAGACUUACAGCAGAUAAAUCAAGCAUACUUAUCAAGGUCUGAGUUAAAGGUUCCGGACCAUUCAAAGAACGAAGUGAAAGAGUUUAUCAAGGCAGGGAAAACAGCCACGCCGAUGCAGUACUACAGAGCCCGACAGGCUAUUUUGAAAGCUCAAAGUGCAGUUUUGGAGGAGAUGCGCGAGCGUUUCUUCCACGGUUUCAAGAAAUCCGACCUCUUCUAUAAAUGUCUUGCCGCUGAGGAAGCAGCCAAUAUCCAGACCCUCCGAUCAACACCUCAACCAGAAGCACAAACAUUGGCGCCCGGUCGAUCUAGUAAGACUUUGCCAGCGAAGCCAAGACCAGUUUCACGGUUAACCACACAACUAUCCAACACGAGCAAACGUACAGGAUCUGCUUCGGACCUCAGAUCUCUGAACUCCAAUGGCAACGGCCUUGGUCAUCGAGUUAGACGCUCACUUGACGAGGGCUCUUCUACUCCCCUGUUUGACGACGACGACAUUGAUACCGAUGGCUUGGGAGAUUCUGUGCAAAGCCUGGAGGCAGAGACAAACAGUCAACAACUGCCGGACACUCAGGUUGUUCAGGCAGUGGAGGAAGCGCUCACAAACAUCAUGGAAAAUGAUCGUCCACAGACCGCUGAGGAUCUGCGCGCGUCCCUUUUCGAAAACAGUGGCAUUGGUAGUAUUGGUGGCAUCGAUGAUAAUACGUCGAGCCUCUUCUCAGGUCACGACAACGAAUCCAAUCGUGGCUCUCUUGACAUGGGAGUGCGACCAGGCGCCUUGCUCAAAGAAGGAGAAAAGCCAAGCCUUUCGUCGCUUGGUCUUGUCAGUGCGGCCUCACGAAUCGGCGUCUUUGUUGAUGAUGAUCUAUUUGGUGAUAAUAACAAAGAUCUCCCUGAUGACGGCGAUCCAGACGAAGGUCCGCCACCUGAUGAUGAAGACGAAGUGCACGAAGCAGCACCAGGAGAUCUUGGACUAGCCGAAGCAAUCACUGCUCUUUCUAAUGACAUUGAUCGCCUGGUAGCACAGGAGGCGGUCGUGGAGUCCCUAACGCGGAAAGCAGAGUUGACAAACAACACUGCCGAGCUACGCAUCCUUAGGAAGUCGAAAGCGUCUUUGCAAAGGGAGAUUAGGCGCAAGGAGCUUCAACGUCAGCAGUAUGUCAUCCAAGAGAGCGAUAAUAGUCUCUACGGCCGCUCCACUAUCAGGAUCAAAUCCAUUCAGGUCGGAAGAGAAGAAGACGGCAGAGAGUUUGCCCUAUACGUUAUCGAAGUGCAAAGAAAUGCUGGAGAGCAGAUGCCCGCGGCUUCAUGGGUGAUUUCGCGGCGAUACAGCGAGUUCCACGAACUUCACCAAAAGCUACGGUCCCGUUACCCGUCGGUCCGGAAUCUUGACUUUCCUCGGCGACGUAUGGUUAUGAAGUUCCAAAGCGAAUUUCUACGCAAGAGACGAACUGCUCUCGAGCAGUAUCUGCAAGAUCUACUGCUACUGCCCGAAGCAUGCCGUAGCCGAGAGCUCAGAGCAUUCCUUUCGCAGAGUGUGAUAACACAAGGUCAAGAUAUUCUGGAUCGCGAAGACAAGAAGGAUAUGAUGACGCGGCUGUAUGAUUCUGUUGCAGAUGGAAUGGACGAUAUUCUUGGAAACAUCCCCGUUCUGGACCAGAUAUCUGAGGCUGGCCAGAGUCUAAUCGCGGCGGCUACAAACCAGCUCAACACGGUUCCACUCAAUGUCGACGAAGAGAACUUUCCAGCCGCCGAAGCCGAGGCUGAAUUAAACGCCUUUGAGAAUAAGGAACUUGAACCGUUCAUCAAACCGAUUUGCGACAUCUUCCUUGAGAUAUUCGAGCUUAACAAGGGAAACAACUGGCUCCGCGGAAGAGCUGUCGUAGUUGUUCUGCAACAACUUCUUGGCGGUACGAUUGAGAGAAAAGUGCGGGAUAAUGUCAAGAUGCUUUCUCAAGACGACAAUGUUCUCAAAUGUAUCAGCUUGGUUCAGGACAGCCUGUGGCCUGGAGGAGAGAUGCAACGUGAUCGAAAACCACGAACAGCCGCUGAGAAGAAAAAGACACGGACUGAGGCGAGUCUGAUGCUGGCCACACUGGUGCCAGAUCUCGCUGGCAGUGUUGUGGGAAGAGUCAAUGCGCAAGCAGCGAGUCGUCGUAUCUUUGCGACGUUGAAUAACUCGAGGUUGAAUGCACACCUCGCAUUCACUAUGAUUGAUGAAAUCGUCUCGGUCCUAUUCGAGGAACCGUAA